UUGGCACUUUGAUGGAUCACAUUAAAAAUCUUUCCAAUGUACAAAUGUUCUAAUCCAGAGCCAGAGAGCAACAGCCCCUCUCUUUAUCCUUGCCAAAUUUCACAUGCCAGGGAAUCUAUUUUUUUGAUUGGCAAACACACUGCCUAUUUACAGCAUAGAGACCCCAGUGGAGAGCUAGUUUAGAAACAGCCUCAUGUUCCCUGCUUGACUCCAGAGAUGACUUUCCUUGGGAUUCACUUAUCUUACUGUUUGAAUUCCAGAAGGACCAACACCAGAUAAAUUAUGAAUGUUGAACAAGAUGACCUUACAUCCACAGCAGAUAAUGAUAGGUCCUAGGUUUAACAGGGCCCUAUUUGACCCCCUGCUUGUGGCGCUGCUGGCUCUUCAACUUCUUGUGGUGGCUGGUCUGGUGCGGGCUCAGACCUGCCCUUCUGUGUGCUCCUGUAGCAACCAAUUCAGCAAGGUGAUCUGCGUUCGGAAAAACCUGCGUGAGGUUCCGGAUGGCAUCUCCACCAACACACGGCUGCUGAAUCUCCAUGAGAACCAAAUCCAGAUCAUCAAAGUGAACAGCUUCAAGCACUUGAGGCACUUGGAAAUCCUACAGUUGAGUAGGAACCAUAUCAGAACCAUUGAAAUUGGGGCUUUCAAUGGUCUGGCGAACCUCAAUACUCUGGAACUCUUUGACAAUCGUCUUACUACCAUCCCGAAUGGAGCUUUUGUAUACUUGUCUAAACUGAAGGAGCUCUGGUUGCGAAACAACCCAAUUGAAAGCAUCCCUUCUUAUGCUUUUAACAGAAUUCCUUCUUUGCGCCGACUAGACUUAGGGGAAUUGAAAAGACUUUCAUACAUCUCAGAAGGUGCCUUUGAAGGUCUGUCCAACUUGAGGUAUUUGAACCUUGCCAUGUGCAACCUUCGGGAAAUCCCUAACCUCACGCCGCUCAUAAAACUAGAUGAGCUGGAUCUUUCUGGGAAUCAUUUAUCUGCCAUCAGGCCUGGCUCUUUCCAGGGUUUGAUGCACCUUCAAAAACUGUGGAUGAUACAGUCCCAGAUUCAAGUGAUUGAACGGAAUGCCUUUGACAACCUUCAGUCACUAGUGGAGAUCAACCUGGCACACAAUAAUCUAACAUUACUGCCUCAUGACCUCUUCACUCCCUUGCAUCAUCUAGAGCGGAUACAUCUACAUCACAACCCUUGGAACUGUAACUGUGACAUACUGUGGCUCAGCUGGUGGAUAAAAGACAUGGCCCCCUCCAACACAGCUUGUUGUGCCCGGUGUAACACUCCUCCCAAUCUAAAGGGGAGGUACAUUGGAGAGCUUGACCAGAAUUAUUUCACAUGCUAUGCUCCAGUGAUUGUGGAGCCCCCUGCAGACCUCAAUGUCACUGAAGGCAUGGCAGCUGAGUUGAAAUGUCGAGCCUCCACCUCCCUGACAUCUGUAUCUUGGAUUACUCCAAAUGGAACAGUCAUGACACACGGGGCAUACAAAGUGAGGAUAGCUGUGCUCAGUGAUGGUACGUUAAAUUUCACAAAUGUAACUGUGCAAGAUACAGGCAUGUACACAUGUAUGGUGAGUAAUUCCGUUGGGAAUACUACCGCAUCAGCCACCCUGAAUGUUACUGCGGCAACCACUACUCCUUUCUCUUACUUUUCAACCGUCACAGUAGAGACUAUGGAACCGUCUCAGGAUGAGGCACGGACCACAGAUAACAAUGUGGGUCCCACUCCAGUGGUUGACUGGGAGACCACCAAUGUGACCACCUCUCUCACGCCACAGAGCACAAGGUCGACAGAGAAAACCUUCACCAUCCCAGUGACUGAUAUAAACAGUGGGAUCCCAGGAAUCGAUGAGGUCAUGAAGACUACCAAAAUCAUCAUUGGGUGUUUUGUGGCCAUCACGCUCAUGGCUGCAGUGAUGCUGGUCAUUUUCUACAAGAUGAGAAAGCAGCACCAUCGGCAAAACCAUCAUGCCCCAACAAGGACUGUUGAAAUCAUUAAUGUGGAUGAUGAGAUUACGGGAGACACACCCAUGGAAAGCCACCUGCCCAUGCCUGCUAUCGAGCAUGAGCACCUAAAUCACUAUAACUCAUACAAAUCUCCCUUCAACCACACAACAACAGUUAACACAAUAAAUUCAAUACACAGUUCAGUGCAUGAACCGUUAUUGAUCCGAAUGAACUCUAAAGACAAUGUACAAGAGACUCAAAUCUAAAACAUUUACAGAGUUACAUACAACAAUCAAAAAAAGACAAUUUAUUAAAAAUGACACAAAUGACUGGGCUAAAUCUACUGUUUCAAAAAAGUGUCUUUACAAAAAAACAAAAAAGAAAUUUAUUUAUUAAAAAUUCUAUUGUGAUCUAAAGCAGACAAAAUUAUGUGUAUUCCUCAGAACCUGUUUUUGCUGCACUUAUUCACUAUUUUCCCACAUCUCAUUCCUCCCUUCCCUGAUUGCCAUAUUUUUCAUAGGAGAUCUCAAUUCCUAAAAGAACUGGUCUAGGAAAUUUUGUAAGAAUUCUGUUACACUUUGAGAUUUUUAUGGUGAAUUCUAGUGGUGAGAUCCAGUCUAUUUUGUCUCUCUAUUUUUAAUUUUUUUUUCCUUUUUCCCUCAUACCCAUAUGAAGUAAUCCAAUGGGGAAUGCAAUAUUAGAAAUAGAUUUUUAAGAGAGAACAAGGAAAAAAAUGCAAGAUCUUAUAUUUUUCAUGUAAUGACCUGUUCUGUAUUUAUGAGGAAGACAAUUCUAUGGAAAAGAAAAGAAAAUGAGCAAACAACAGAUUAAUUUACAUAUAAGCAUCUAUAAAACCCAUGACUUUUAAACAACUCUAGAACCAGAAUUUGUAGUUAAAAAGCUAAAAAUAAGAUUAUAAAUAAAAUAUUGUUGGUUUUUCUGUACCUGGACACAGCUCAUUUGUAGUAUGGCUCAAAUGUGAGAAACUUCAAGAUAAUUAAAUUUUUUGCUUUCUAAGAAAGAAAAUACUACAGUAUUCUUUAGUCACAAAAUCAAUCUCUACAGGGUCCUGUCUGAAUAGUUGACUUGAGUUUUAGAUCUAUGUUUAAGGAUGCUGUGGUAUUUUUUCCUUCUCUUUAGAGUUAUUCUUUGUAGAAUGCUCAGGUUCAAAAAUAAUGAUUUUGUGAAGUAAAUUCAAUUCUACUUGAAGGAAAGUUUCAAUAUAAUUUAUUCACUGUCUCCUCAAUAAAAUUUCAUUGGCCAGAUGAACUAUAACAGCAAAACAGGAAAGUAUUCUAAGUCAUCUAGAGCUGAAAAAGAAUAUUUGGUGCUGAGUGUUAGCAAAUUUAGUUCAAUUCAAUGAUAAUUAUUAAAGUCCUACUGUGUGAAAAAUAUUGACUUUAGUACUGUGGGUGCACAAUUGAGAAGAUCUGGUUCCUGCUCUUGCAUCACUCCCAAUCUAUAUAAAAAUAAUUAAAGAAAUCAUCUAGUAUAUUACUGGUUGCCAGCUCUAAUUUUACUUCUAGGUGAAAGGCUGUGAAUCAGAACCUUAAAUUUUUAAAAUAUUAGAUUACUGUUCUUAUAGAAAGCUCUUGGAUUUAUGGUUUCUUCCAUCCUUCUGGAAGAGGUGACUUUUUCUAAAUGCAAAUUGCAGAGCUUUAAGGAAGUGUAGGUUUAGAUUUGUUCUGAAGGAUGAAUACAUACCAGGAGAUGGCAAUGCUAAUUCAGUGGUAAUUCAUUAAUGGUAUUUUUUAAGGAACUGGAGGCAUUUUGGCUAAGAGACCAUACGCUAGCUUCCAAACAAAAAAGGAACUUGCUGGUUGUUGCGCCUUGGCAUUCUUCUUAUAUUUUAAUAUAUUAUGUGUAUGACUUCCAUCUUUAUGUGGAACAAAUGAAUAUAUACAGACUGACCUUGAAACCUGCUACCUUGGUGGUGAAACAAGGACUGAUCAAGCUGAAGAAAACUUCAGCACCUAAUGGCUAAGAAGCUUGGAUACUCACACUAAACUCUGCAGGCAGAACCUUACUCCAUGGUUUUGUGGUCUCCAGGUGUGAAAAAUCAAUUAUUACUAGCAAAAUAGGUCAGAGAAAUGGGAAAAAAGGAUAGGAAAUGAAUGAAAGCAUGGACGAAUCUUGCUUCUGUUUUUUUGAUCACUACUUCUCUGGCUUUUUUCUUCCUUAUAUCUUAACCUCCCUUUGUUAGGAACACAAUUCACACUUGCUUUCAUUGGGGAGAAGACUCAAGAAAAGGGAAAACAUUUGGCUAUUGUUUGUCAAGUUAUUCAGUAUAGAAUAUACUUUUCAUAUUCCCAGCCUGCGAUCACAAAACAAAACAAGCAACAUAAAAAAACACAAACAAAUAUGUAUAAUAACAAGCAAGUGCUAGUACAAAGAAAAGUGAUAUAAAUCGAAAGGGAAAAUGAUCCUCCUUUCUCUACUUGGCUUGCAUCCACCAAACUCUGUCUUUGCUGACUCUGAAGCUUCUUUCAUUUUAAGCUUUUAAUUCAUAUAGGUUUAGUCCAAGUAUGCAGUUACCCUUGGCUGUGAGAGGUGGCUGAGCAGUUAGACAAGGGCUACUAAAUAGGAUGAAAGGUGAACUGCACUUAAAAAGUUAGGUUGGAAUCCAAAGCAUGCAAUUCAGUCUCCUAGGAGAUCACAGUAUAGUACUAAUGAAUAUGUUUUGGGAAAAAACUUGACACAAGGUUUAAAUAAACCAGACUUGAUUUCGACAAUAAAUUUAGAAACUCUUUUGACCAAAAGUCCUCAUUGCAGGUUUUGGGGAUAAAGGAUAGAGUGCCAUAAAUCUACUAUUUAAAGAAAACUCAAAUGUAUUCCAGAUAUUUCUGAUUAACAGCAAGCCUCUAUUUUCCCUGCAUAACAUAUUUGGUCCUUGGCCCAUCAGAACAGUAGCUGCACUGAUAUGUUAGAGACCAUUACACACAUGAAUUUACUUGGUUUGGCAGGAAGCCUACGUGACUGUUUAAAUGUUCGCUAUAUUGUUGUACCAAAAUACAAUUCUGUGUCUACUGCUCAUUUUAUUCUAUCCAAAGACAACUGGGUGGCAGUAUUCUGAAAUAUGUACACCAAAAAAUACACCAUUUACAAUUCACCAAGUUAAAGUAACCCAAUGAUUGAUAUUUCUCUCUCUGUGUGUGUGUGUGUGUUUGUGUUUGUAUCUCCUACUAAUAGUAUGCAGUUUGCUUCCCUAAACAUCAAAGAGGCUUUAGGAAGAAGAUUCUCUAACAUCUGUUUCUAUUCAGGAAUUUUCUCUUCCACAUCUGUCCAUGACCUUAAUCUCGAACACUCUUUUGAAAAGUAUACAGAUGUAUUUGCAUUAGCAAAAUAAUAGAAGGAUUUGGUUUAGCUCACAUAGACCCAGAUAUAACUUUAAUAAUUUCCUCUCAAAUUUCAAAUAUUCUGAAAUAAUGUAUCGUCUUUUUCAAAGACUGAAACAAGUUAUUUGCACAUGGAAGAGUGAUAAAUAUUUACACAGC